AUGCAUUCGGCCACACUGUCUGCCUUCGUAGGCAAUAGAGUUUCUGAGAUUCAAGACCUCACCGCAGGUUCACAUUGGAGAUAUGUCCACACAAAUUGUAAUCCAGCAGACAUUGUGUCAAGAGGCAGCACUGUUAAGGAUCUCACUAAUUCUAUUUGGUUUAAAGGACCUUCGUUUCUUCGUCAAGAGAUGUAUAAGUGGCCUGCAAACAAGAACGACAACUUGGAUUUUGAAGAAGUCAAUAAGGAAAAACGAAAAGCAGCAUUCAAGGUAACUGUAUCAACCAAUUAUGUCAUAGAUAUUAUUGAUAAGUAUAGCUCACAUACAACGGCUGUUCGUGUACUGGCUUGGUUGUUUCGUUGGUAUCAUCAUUAUAAGAAGAAGUUCAACCGCAAUGUCCUUACUCAUGAAAAAUUAGACCACGCCUUCCGAUGCAUCAUUUCAAAUAUACAAGCUCAGUACUUUGCUGAAGAUAUUUAUUUAUUGAAUCGAGGAUCUAUAACAAAAGGUUCAUUAAAAUACCUCAACCCAUUUAUUGAAGAUACCGGUGGGUAUAAGCUGAUAAAGGUUGGUGGACGAUUAGAAUUGGCUGAUCUUGCAAAAGAACGUAAACAUCCUAUCCUGCUGCCUAGCAAAUCUGAAUUCGUCAUACGUUAUGUUCGUUACUUGCAUCGUAAGAAUUAUCAUGCUGGACCUAAGGCACUAGUGGCACUCAUUCGUUUAGAGUUUUGGAUUAUAAACGCCAGAGAGGUUGCUCGAAGAGUAGUCAGACAAUGUGUUCACUGCGUGCAUUAUAAGCCAAAACUAUUGCAACAGAUGAUGGGCAAUUUACCGGUAGAACGUCUCACACCGUCACGGCCGUUUGCUCGCUGUGGUAUAGAUUUUUGUGGACCAUUCAACACGGCACCUCAUUUUGGCGGUCUUUGGGAGGCUGCAGUUAAAUCUGCAAAAGGGCACUUAUAUAGAAGUUUGAUGACUACUAAGUUAACAUUUGAGGAGCUGUCAACAGUAACAACCGAGAUAGAAGCUAUUCUCAACUCUCGACCAUUGACACCACUUUCGCCGGAUCCUAGCGACUACGAAGCAUUGACUCCUGCCCAUUUUUUGAUUGGGUGCUCUCUAAAGGCGUUACCGGAGCGGACGGAAUUUGCUAAAACUAACAUGCUCGACAAGUGGUCCCUCAUCAUCGGUUUGAAACAAUCAUUUUGGAAGCGGUGGUCUCAUGAAUACAUAAAUGAGCUACAGAUGCGCACAAAAUGGACCUGUGAAAUACCAAAUAUCAUGCCCAAUGCAAUGGUGUUAAUUCAUGAAGACAAUGUGCCUCCACUACAUUGGCAACUCGGAAGAGUUCUGAAGGUCAUACCAGGCAAGGACGAGCAUGUCAGAGUAGUUGACGUACGUACCUCAAAGGGCAUCAUUCGCAGACCUAUCCACAAACUAGCCAUUUUACCUAUUGAAAGUCGUUUCAAGGAGGCCGGGAUGUUGGGUAACAAUACAAAAUAA